UAGUCAAAGUCGCCGAUCCACACACAAGCUCACCGAUAGAUACACCCGAGCCCGUCAAUGGCGGCAAUGAGGACUGCAGCGGGGAGCAGCGAGCAUGGCGAGCCCGUCGAGCAGCCUGUGGGGCGCCCUUGGGCAAGCCUCCACCAUGGCGCAGCUGAUGGGCGUGGACGCGCUCGGGCUGGUCUCCAUGGUCGUGCAGGCCGCCCUGGUGGCGCGUCGCCACCGGGAUGCCUGCGUGCGGCUCGCGCAGCACGUGGAGCUCGUCGGCGGCCUGCUCGGGGAGCUGGAGCUCGCCGAGCUGAUGCGUCGGGAGGCCACCAGGCGGCCGCUGGAGCAGCUCGGCGGCGCGCUGCGGCGGUGCUACGCGCUCGUCACGGCGUGCCAGGACUGCGGCUACCUGCGCCGCCUGCUCCUAGGAGCCCGGAUGGCCGAGGAGCUCCGCGCCGCGCAGCAUGAGAUCGACAUGUUCAUCCGCCUCAUCCCGCUCAUCGCCCUCGUCGACAAUUCUACUGCAGAUAGUCGCCGUGUCAAGCAGGCUGAUGAGGGGGUGCUCACUGUAGUCACAGAUAGUUCAAAUCGUCACAUCAGGUUUCCAACAAAAUCUUUGUAGUUAACCAAAAUCCGCAUUCAAGGAGCUACUGAACUCUGCAAUGCUGGAGAACAACCAUUUGUAGGAAAAGUGGACCUGCGAGAACAAAAUAUCGUUGACAUUGAAGAACUUGUGGAACUUUGUACCCGUAUGGAAGAGGCUUGCUCGGGAUUCACAAGGUUCGAUUUCUGUCAGAUCUUGGAUGCUACAGACAAUUUCUCAGAGAAGAUGAUAGUUGGGUGGGGAGGAUUUGGGAAGGUGUACAAGGGCCAGUUGCCUGGUGGACUUAAUGUUGCCAUCAAAAGAGCUGAUGAGCACACAGCAAUGCUUGAAGUCAACAGUGAAUUGCAGCUUGCAAAGCUUCAGCAUGCCAAUGUGAUUAGGUUAUUGGGGUGGUGCAUCCAUGGGAAAGAAAGGAUUCUAGUGUAUGAGUUCAUGCAAAAUGGUUCCUUGGAUCGUUACCUAUGCGGACAAUAGAAGUAACCAUAACGAGUUCAGCUCCAAUGUCGACUAGAGUUCGAAUCAUUCUAGACUCGGAGGUUUGAUAUAAUGGAGAACAUUCAGUAGUAGCAUAUAUAUACAAUAAAAAUGUAAGCAAGGAUUAUGGUCUUUUUACGGCUCAGGUAGUGUAUAUAUUCGAGAUAUUAAGACCAGUUUUGUAUAGUGAAAAUAAACAUGUUUCUGUAGUACCAACUACCAAAAUCUUUGCAAGCUUGAUCUUCAGGUUUCUGAGAUCAUACAUGGCAAACCAAAAGCUGGCAUGUUCAACUUGAGAAUAAUCAGACUUCAACUCAUUAUUUUUUUUCUGUUUUUUUUUGCGCAUAAUCAGACUUCAACUUGACAAGCAGCAACUACAGAGCUCAGAGUUAAGAUCUGCAGCUGCACACAGUACAAACACAUCAGGAUCUCCAAAUAAGCGCUGUUCUGGAUUGAAAAAAGACCCUGAUGCGCCUGAAUAUCUCCAUACAAACACAUCAGGAACUCUGAACUGAAGCAGAGAGACGUAGUAAUCAGAAGCCAUGCCUGGGCCGACUCGGAUUCAAAAACCAAAGUGCGCGUUUUAGCUAUGCCGGCCUGGGCCGACUUCGACUCGGAUUCAAACACUUCACUGCCUCCCGCGUCCUUAUUUUCUUGCUCGCCGUGUUUCCCCAAAUCCCGAUCCAUCAGACCACGCCCUCCGAUCAGCCUCCCUCGAUCCAUCUUCCUCUCUCUCUCAGUGCCGGAUCGUUGCUCCUCGAUCAACUCCGCGGCCGCGACCAUGGCCGGCACCACGGUGCUCCCGCCGUCUCUGCUCCCGCGCCGUAGCGCCGCCGCCUCCGCCGACCUGCACUCCUGCUCCUCCCGCGUGCGCGUGAACCCUGCCUUGAUGGCGAACCCCGCGGCUGCCAAGAAGCCAAAGCGCCCCGGAUCCAUGCGCGGCGAGCAACCGCCGCCGGCGAAGCGCCUACGCGGUGCCUGCUCCGGGGGCGAGCUCCAUGUCGCCGUCCCCGCCAACAUCAAGAACGGCAGCAAGCUUCCGUCUCCCGUCAGCGGCAAGGAUCUGCUCCACUCCUCCGCAAUCAAGAACCAGGUCGCCGAAUCUCCGGCUGCCGCGACGCAAUCGAAGCCGCAGAUGAGCAUGCGCGAACUGAUCGCGAACGCUCGCCUCACCAUGGCUCGCCUCGACAAGGCUCGCUCUGCCUCCAAAGAAGAGGCCAACCGUCGGCAGGAGAUCGAGCGCAGCAGAGCAGAGGCCCGGCGAAAGAUGGAGCAGAUGGCGGACACGGUGCAGUUCAACGACCCCUGGAUCCAUCACUCCGACGUGACCAAGUCCCCUGAGGAGCUGCUCAAAGCAAGACAGCACGCAUGGCGUUAUCAAGCUCACCUCCUCGAGAUGGCUCGUCGACGGGACUUUGCUCAAGCGAUGCAAAUCCACGGAUGGCUGCAAUCCACGGGUGAUCGAAGCAGAGGAAGAAAUCAUCAGCAGUGCAAGCUUCUUGGUGCUAGUCUUGCAUCAGAGGAAACAAAGCAGAGGAACCAAUUCCUUUCUUGAGUCCGUGUGGGUGAGCCUUCGAGUUAAGCUAGUCCUUCCUAAACCAUUCACACAUGAGUUUCAUUUAAUCUUUGCAUCUCUAGGUUCUGCACUUAAUCACCAAGAUUUCUAGUGUUCUUUCAAUCCCUUUCAGUCAUUAGUAAUUUUACAAGAGUGUCAGCAGAGUCUCCAUCUAGCUAGGCAGCAAAAACCUUGUUAAGAUGUGUACGGCAUAGUUACACUACAUCCACACCUGGUCCUAAGUAAGGGUUUAAGUAAAUAAAGGGCAUUUUCAAUAAAUCAAAGUAAAGCAGAUGAGCCUAAAAAGGAAGCUCAUGUACUGCAAUUCCGGCACGAGACAGAGCGUAAAACGCACUCGCCGCAAAAUCCAAAAUGCCCGUUUGCUACCCGGCUUGUAGCAGGAAAAAAGGAGUAGAAUUGAACUUGUCGAUACACACAGUAAUCAUGUGAGCUGCCUAGCGUCUGGAGACUAUGCUGACCCUCCUGUAAAAUUAAUCUUGGCUGACUUGGAUUCUUAGGCAUUGGCGUCGUGGUGAGUUAAAGUUGCAGUUUCUGACGAGUAGCAUUGGUUGGUGAACUCUUGUGUGUAUGUGUGAGUGAAGCUUUGAGCUAAGCAAGUCCUUGAUGUACCGACUAUCAAGUCAUACUGUAAUCAAUUUUCGAUAUGAAUGAGAAAAUUGUUGAUCUGAAUUUUGCA